AUGAAUACCGAAGUUGACAAGCUUAAAGCCAUCGGCUUUAUCAGGGAAGCUACGUACCCUAUCUGGCUUGCAAACUCGGUCAUGGUUCGGAAGACCAAAGGUGGAUGGCGAAUGUGCCAGGACUAUACCGACCUGAAUAAGGCCUGUCCGAAGGAUAGCUUCCCAUUGCCCAAGAUCGACCAGCUUCUUGACGCAACUGCCGGUCACGAGCUGCUCAAUUUCAUGGACGCUUAUUCGGGAUACAACCAGAUUUUCAUGCACCCUGCCGAUAGCGAACAUAUGGCAUUCAUCACGGACAGGGGGCUGUAUUGCUACGACGUCAUGCCGUUUGGCUUGAAAAACGCGGGGGAAACAUACCAAAGACUGGUCAACCGAAUUUUCGCUAAACACAUUGGUAGCAUCAUGAAGGUGUAUGUCAAUGAUAUGCUGGUGAAGAGUCGAACGGCAAGGAGGCAUCUAGAGAACUUGGCCCUUAUGUUCGGUAUACUGAAGGACUACCGAAUGAGACUAAACCCAACGAAGUGCGCCUUCAGUGUGUCUUCGGGUAAGUUUCUCUGCUUUAUGAUCAGUCAGAGAGGGAUCGAAGCAAAUCCCGAGAAGAUCAAGGCCAUAAUCGACAUGGAGAGGCCAAAAACACAAAAGGACAUUCAAGGCUUACGUGUCGCCGCCCACGUUUCAUUUUCAAGGCUACCAAUAAAUGUGUACUGUUAUUUAGAGCCUUGA